AUGGAGGCAACUACAGUCGAUGAGGCUGUGUCGUCUCUCAAAGAGUUAUACGCCGAGGGCACCGAGCAUUACACCCAAUGGAAGAGGAAACGCACACUUGGAAACCACUACUGUCGGAAAUCAUCAGAAUCCGGUAUUCGAAGGGAUGUCAUUACAUGUGCUUUGAGCAUCUCGUUGGAGCUUGCGAGGAAUCAGAUCGAGGAGACUUAUGACAUUGCGACUGUUCUUAUUGGAACCGACUUCUCCACCGGCGAUACACCAUGCCGGGAUAUGCUUUCCAACCAGCUGUUCAACCUCAGUAGUCGGGUUUCUCACCUACGCAGGGUCUCUUCUGACUCGAGCUUGACCGGCAUUCUCAACAUCUCAGAUAUCAUACAGACAUCCGAGUCUGUCAGAAUCGCCUCAGUCCAGGCCCUCGGUGCCUUAUAUCACCGUCUCGCCGCCGGACGCCCAGACAUCCCCGAGCACCUUCCCAUCUCAAAGCCCCGCUCGCGGCAUACGAGGCCCAUCUCGCAAUACUCGAGUAGCUCGUCAACCAACAACCACAGCAUCAUCUCUCAAGACGAAGAUGACGACGACGAAGAUGAAGAGGAGGAGGAGGAAGACGACGACAUGUCGAUGACCAUGACCAUCAGCACCGACCAGGCACCCUUCCAAUCAGAACCGCCCUCGCCUCCACCAACACCGCCAACACCAAAAGCCAUCGCCAGCGACGCCGUCUCCAUCUUCGCGCCCUCGGAAGCAGACACGACCAGCACUACCGCCUCUGCCUUCCUCCGCCCCAAAGUCAGCGUCUUCAGCAUGUUCUGCCCAGAGGCCAUGACGCUCCAGGUCGACCUCUCCAAGCCGAUCCCCGACGCGCCGAAGCGGUGCAAGUGCGGGUACCGAUGGAACCCGCUGCUGCCCGGCAACAAGGACUACAUUGUUCUCAAGGACGGCUUCCGCAUGUCGAGCCGGUUCCUGGCCAAGUCGCACUCGGACAGGAACAUGUUUGCGUGCUGUUUAUGUGUGCCGACGGGGACGACGGAUAACUACGAGUCAGCAGACGCCUUGAGAGCGCAUAUUAAUUUGUGUCAUCGCAAGUGGCAGAUUUUGCAUGAUCGCGAUAUUCACUAG